CACACACACAAACAAACACCUAGCAAAAAACAACACUCAAAUACACAUAAAAAAAUACAAUGGAAGCCAGAAAAAGAUCAUCAUUGUCAAUAAGUUGUAAAAAACACCCAAAUCACAAGCAAUCUCCUGGGAUUUGUUCAUUAUGUUUAAGAGAAAGAUUAUCAAAGAUUUCAAGUUCUUCAUCACGUGCUAUAACAAAUGUAUCUACAUCAUCUUCUUCAUCUUCAAUUUCGUCUAUAUCUUCGGCUUAUUCUUCACAUGAAUCAUCCAAUGCAUCAUCUUACACUGCAUCUCCAAUGCAAAACAAUCGAAAUCGUCGAAAGAUCGAUAGUCUUAAUCAAGGAAAAGGGUAUCUUUAUUUCUUGAAGAAUAAGAACACUAAUGGUGCAUUAAAGAAAAGUAGAUCAAUGGUUUUUGUUAAUAAUGAUCAUCAAAGCCAUGUACUAAUGCAAGAUAAUGGAAAGAAGAAACUUGGGUUUUGGUCAAAGUUGAUGGGGUCAAAAAGGAGUUCCUCAAGGAUGAUGCAUUCAAGAACAAUGAGAGAAACUUUUCUUUCUAGGGUUUAAUUAUGUGAAAUAAAAAUAUUUUUGGGAUAUAUAUUUCUUUUGUGUUUAAUUGGAUUAAUUUAGAAAAUAGGAGUUGGUGUACGAAUGAUAGAAUAGGAAAAAAUUCAUUUAUUUGAUUUAUUUGUUUAUUAUUUUAUGGAAUGGAAUGUGAAUGAUUUUUGUUAUAAGUAAA